UGAAUCUGCCGUGUGAUCAUGUCUAUUACUUUAAUAAUUUUAUUAUUGCUUUCUUAUAACGAGGCAGCUAAAAUAUUAGCUGUAUUCCCAGCACCGUCUAUCAGUCAUCAAGUGGCGUUUCGUCCUCUCACUCAAGAACUUGCCAGGCGAGGACAUGAAGUCACGGUCAUCACACCAGAUCCCGCCUUCCCAAAAGGAGAAGCACCACCUAACCUAAGAGAAAUUGACACACAUGGCAGUUACGAAUUUUUGAAAAUACUGCACGAAGAAAUAGCUACAGGCCGAGGUGACAUAGUUAAACAGAUACAAACAGCUAUGCUAAUGAUGGUCGAUGUUUUUGGAUACCAAAUGAAAAUGGAUGAAGUGCAAAAGAUAUUGAAAGAGAAAUUCGAUUUGCUUAUGUUGGAAGCUUGUGUGAGAACAACAUUGAUACUGACACACGUUUUUAAAGUACCAGUGAUACAAGUGUCUUCAUUAGGUGUUAUGGGUUUUAAUGUGGAUCAAAUUGGAGCAGCCUGGCAUCCUUUGCUGUAUCCCACCAGUUUAACUCAACGAAGUUAUAAUUUAACCACUUGGGAAAAAUUAAAAGAACUGUACAACGCAUAUAAAUUAGACAAAAUAAUGGAAGACCUUGAAACAGAGGAUAAUGAAAUGGCUAAAAAGCUUUUUGGACCUGACGUACCUCAUAUAAGGGAAUUGACUAAUAAUAUUGAUAUGUUAUUUCUGAAUAUAAAUCCCAUAUGGGAAGGAAAUCGCCCAGUUCCUCCCAAUGUUAUUUAUAUGGGUGGAUUGCAUCAGAAGCCAGCAAGUGAAUUACCUAAGGAUCUCAAAACAUACUUGGACUCUUCAAAGAAUGGAGUGAUAUACCUCAGCUUUGGUACAAAUGUACAACCUUCACUAUUACCUCCAGAGAAGGUACAAUUAAUGAUCAAAGCAUUCUCCGAGCUACCUUACGACGUGCUGUGGAAGUGGGACAAAGAUGAGCUCCCCGGACGUACUAGCAACAUUAGGAUAUCGAAGUGGUUGCCACAGUCAGACCUUUUAAGACACCCAAAGGUGAAAUUAUUUGUUAUGCAAGGAGGUCUACAAUCAACAGAUGAAGCUAUAACGGCAGGAGUACCUCUAAUUGGUAUCCCAAUGCUAGGCGAUCAAUGGUUCAAUGUAGAAAAAUUCGUUUAUCACAAAAUUGGAGUGAAGCUUGUUUUUUCUACACUAACGUUGGACAAAUUCAAGGAUGCUAUUAAUACGGUCAUUGGUGAUGAAAGUUACCGUCAGAACAUCAUAAAACUUGGUGGACUGAUGCGUGACCAGCCCAUGCAACCAUUGAAUCGUGCAGUGUGGUGGACGGAGUACGUCCUGCGUCACGGCGGCGCGCGACAUCUGCGCUCUCCCGCCGCCAACAUGUCGUGGACACAGUUCCUCGAACUAGAACUAGUUUUAACUGUAGUUACGACUGCAUUAAGCAGUCUUCUAGUAUUGGUAGUCCUCAUGUAUUACUUAUGGAAACAUUUUACACCAACACAUAAGCAUAAAAAAAUAAAGAAGCAAUAAUA